AUGCCCGGUCCAUCUCUCUCUCUGGCCCUGGUGCUGUCGGCCAUGGGGGCUCUGCUGAGGCCAGGGACCCCCAGGGAAGAGGUCUCCAGUACCUCAGCCUCGCCCAGGGAGCAGGCCACAGGCAGCGGGGCACUCAUCUUUCAGCAAGACUGGGACUGGCCACUCCCCAGUCUCUGGCUGCCAGGCAGCCCUCAAGACCCCCUGUGCCUGGUGACCCUGCAUGGGAGUGGCAACGGGAGCAGGGCCCCCCUGCGGGUGGUGGGGUCCCUGAGCAGCUAUGAGCAGGCCUUCCUGGAGGCUGUGCGGCGCACCCACUGGGGCCUGAGUGACUUGACCACCUUCGCUGUGUGCCCCGCUGGCGACGGGCAGCCUGUGCUGCCCCACCUGCAGCGGCUGCAGGCAUGGCUGGGGGAGCCCGGGGGUCGGUGGCUGGUGGUCCUGCACCUGGAGGAAGUGACGUGGGAGCCGACACCCUUGCUGAGGUUCCAGGAGCCUCCACCUGGAGGAGCCAGCCCCCCAGAGCUGGUGCUGCUGGUGUUGUACCCAGGGCCUGGCCUGGAGGUCACUGUCACCGGGGCUGGGCUACCUGGCACCCAGAGCCUCUGCCUGACCGCGGACUCGGACUUCCUGGCCUUGGUCGUGGACCCUCCGGAGCGGGCCUGGCGCCGGCCUGGGCUAGCCCUGACCCUGCAGCGCCGUGGAAAUGGUGAGCCCCUGAGUACCGCCCAGCUGCAGGCGCUGCUGUUCGGUGCGGACUCCCGCUGCUUCACACGAAAGACCCCGGCCCUGUUGCUCUUGCUGCCGGCGCGGUCCUCGGCACCGAUGCCCGCGCACGGUCGGCUGGACUUGGUGCCCUUCCCACAGCCCAGGCCUUCCCCAGAGCCAGAGGAGGCACCGCCCAGCGCCGAUCCCUUCCUGGAGACUCUCACGCGCCUCGUGCGCGCGCUGCGGGGACCCCCGGCCCGAAGCUCGCCACCGCGACUGGCCUUGGACCCGGGCGCACUGGCUGGUUUCCCGCAGGGCCAGGUCAACCUGUCGGACCCCACGGCCCUGGAGCGCCUGCUGGACGGCGAGGAGCCGCUGCUGCUGCUGCUGCCGCCAACGGCAGCCACCACCGGGGUCCCCGCAACGCCGCAAGGUCCCAAGUCCCCUCUGUGGGCCGCGGGACUAGUGCGCCGGGUGGCUGCCGAGCUUCAGGCGGCAGCUGCCGAGCUCCGCGCCCUCCCGGGGCUGCCUCCCGCCGCCCCUCCGCUGCUGGCGCGCCUGCUGGCACUGUGCCCGGGAAACCCAGAUGGCCCCGGCGGCCCGCUGCGCGCGCUGCUGCUACUCAAAGCGCUGCAGGGCCUGCGCGCUGAGUGGCGCGGGCGGGAGCGGAGCGGCUCUGCACGGGCGCAGCGCAGCACUGGAGCCGCGGCUGCAGACGGGCCGUGCGCUCUGCGUGAGCUGAGCGUAGACCUGCGAGCCGAGCGCUCGGUGCUCAUCCCCGAGACAUACCAGGCCAACAACUGCCAGGGCGCCUGCGGCUGGCCUCAGUCCGACCGCAACCCACGCUACGGCAACCACGUGGUGCUGCUGCUGAAGAUGCAGGCCCGCGGCGCCGCCCUGGCGCGCCCGCCCUGCUGUGUGCCCACAGCCUACACUGGCAAGCUCCUCAUCAGCCUGUCCGAGGAACGCAUCAGUGCGCACCACGUCCCGAACAUGGUGGCCACCGAGUGCGGCUGUCGGUGA